GGUUCCCUGCGGCCCGCCGAAGUGUCAUUCUGUUUGGUCACGGGAAUAACCUCCUACUAUGUUUUUCCAAAAAAAAAAAAAAUGGCCGGUGCGAUGGAUGGCGUCAUCGAUGACGUCAAGUUUUAUGAUUUACUCCUAUCUUCCCCUGCUCUAAGUCUCUGACUACUAGUAUAUCCGUCAUCUCUCGCGCACUAUAUGUACACAUUCAUAUCACACUCCCAGUAACGUAUCCAUCCUCUCUCUCUCUCUCUCUCUCUCUCUCUCUCUCUCUCUCUCAUCAUCGGUUGCAAUUGUUCUUGGAAAUAUGGCAAAUGCGCAGUGUUGUGCCAAUGCUCCAACCCUAAGCUCAACCUGCGGAGCAGGACACGUGGAGGAAUUUGGUGGCCUUAAAAACUAUAUUUCUGGUCCCUCUGAUUCCAAGCUCGCUAUCCUCCUCGUCUCCGAUGUUUUUGGAUACGAGGCUCCAAAUUUGAGGUUGCUUGCUGACAAGUGUGCAGCUGCUGGUUACCUUGUGGUGGUUCCAGACUUCUUACAUGGAGAUCCCUUUGACAAAAGCAAUCCUAAUAGGACAUUCCAAGCUUGGUGUGAUGCUCAUCCAAUUGACAAAGUAACUGAAACAGCAAUAUCAGUAGUUGAAGCUCUAAAAGCCAAGGGUGUGUCUACAAUUGGAUGUGCAGGCUUCUGUUGGGGAGCCCAAGUUGUUGUGAAACUAGGCCAGCAUCCUUAUAUCAAUGCGGCAGUGCUGUUACAUCCUUCAUUUGUUACGUUGGAUGAGAUCCUGGCGGUUAAGGUCCCCAUUUCAAUUCUGGGAGCUGAAAACGACCAAAUUUCUCCACCGGAACUCUUGAAACAAUUUGGCAAGGCCUUGGAGGCUAAAAAAGAGGUUGACUGCUUUCUGAAGAUAUUUCCUGGGGUUUCGCAUGGGUGGACAGUGAAGUACCCAAGCGACGAUGAAGAGGCUGUCAAGCGCGCGGCAGAGGCCCACCAAGAUAUGUUGGAUUGGUUUGCUAAGUUCAUAUGUUGAUCGAGAAAACUGUCAAACUACAAUGUAAUUUGGCGUGUGAGGAAUCCCCGGUUUAGUUGUUGAAUAAGUUGUCUCUACUAUGUUGCCUAUAAAAAAAAAAAAGUUGUCUCUGCUAUGUCUGAACUUGGAGGGGUUUGUUCUCUUUUGUUUCGUCUGAAAAAAGUUCCUUCCACGAGCGAACAUCGCUCUCCACAGGCAAGGAGUUUGCUUAAUACUAGUAGCUUAGGGGUUGAGAGCUAUGAAUAUUGUGCUUUUGGGUUGAGCUCUAGGUCUGCUGCUUGGUUCAAUAUUACUUGGUUCAAGAGUACUUUUGACUCUUGUGUAUUUUUCGGACUCUUCAUACAGUUGUCGUGAAACUUAUUAUACCUGCAAUUUGUUGCA